CUGCCUGAAGUGCCGUCACGGUUUCGACUGGGAGAGGAUGACAUGCCAUGGGACGGCACUUGGCAGUUUCCAAUGGGUUUUGAGCCCUUUCUGGAACCUGACCCUUAUCUGCGGCCCUCCUCUGCUGCUUCCCCAAAGCCCUCCCCGGAGCACUCCAGUCGGCGACCACGGACCCCUGAGCAGCAACGCAGACCCAUAGUCGAGUCUCCCCCCCAAGGUGACGAUCCAGCCCGUCGGCACGAGCUCGAGGCCCUCGGCCAUGCGAUGAUGACGGUCGACAACGGCUUCGAGAACCAAUGGUGGAACCAAGGCGAGCGGAAGCACCUGACAGCGGUGACGCCGCCGCCGGCAACUCGCCAGCAGAUGGAGGAGCAGAUGGCACUUGGCUGGGUUGGGGCACUAUUGCCCGCAGCAGGCCCUGGAGAUGACAGCAACAAGCGCUUCACAUACCCGACCCCGGAGACUACGUCGGUCGU